AUGCGCCGCCUGCCCGUGCUCGAUCUCGCGCUCUGGCGCUCCGCUCCGGCCGACUUUGCCUCGCAGCUGCGGCACGCGUGCCACCACCACGGCUUCUUCCAGCUCCGGCACCGCGUGCCGUCCGGCGUGGUCGAGCGCGCGGUCGCCGAGGCGCGCGAGUUCUUUGCGCGCGGCGCAGAGCACAAGCGCGCCAUCGACUACAGCCAGAGCCCGGCAUUCCGCGGCUACAUGGCGGUCGGGGUCGAGAACACCGCCGGCCGGUGUGACCAUCGGGAGCAGCUCGAGAUCGCCGCCGAGGGCGCGCCGCCGCCGCCCGCGGCGUGGCCGCCGUACACGCGACUGAGAGGCCCCAACCAGUGGCCGGCGAGCCAGCCCGGGCUGCGCGUCGCCAUCGACGACUACACUGGCCACAUGCUGCGCAUGUCUGCCGAGGUGACGUGCGCGCUCUGCGCGGCGCUGCGCCUGCCGUCGCGGGCAGUCGAGCCCUACUUUUCGCCGGCGCCGCACUGGCAGCUGAAGCUGGCCGCGUACCCGCCGGCGGCCGGCGUGUGCCACACCUCCAGAGUACCGAACCCGGCCUUCACGCAGGGCGAGUGGGCGGACGUGCCGCCGCUGGGGCUCGAGUACUUGGUGAUGAACUUGGGCGAGGCGGUGGUUGAGCCUCUCCCGCUGCCGGCCGAGCUCUGCUGGGAGCGCGACGCCGCGCAGCGGCGGCUUCUCCGGCGGCCGUCCAACGCGAUGCUGCGGCAGUACGGCGCCAACGCGCUCAAGAGCCUCGCGCGCUCGCACCCGGCUGUCUUCGCGGCUCACCACCCCGACUUGCAGGCGUACCGCCUCUCCGAGCUGCCGCGCGCGCUCGACGAGGCCGAGGCGCGCGCCGCGUCGGGCGUGCGCGGGACGCGGUGGCCGUUCUGCGGCGCGCUGCUUUUCCCCGGCCACGCCGUGCCGUCGACGCAGCCGCCGGGGCCCGGCUGGGACCGGCACCGCUGCCGCUCGCAGACGACGGGGCAGGACUACUAG